AUGCUCACCAGAUAUGUUCGCUCACUUUUCUGUAAGUCGGAUUUUGGAUUAUCCAGCUGUGCAAAUCUGCUGAUUAGCUACAGUUACCAUAAUUCAUCGCAGUUCUGCUGUGCUGCAGAAGUGAAAGAAGCGAGUUCGGAAGAUAAUGAAGGAGUAGAAGAAGCUAUUGGUUAUGCUUAUAACACUGUAGAGAAGAAAAAAGGCCUUUAUAAGCCAAAACAUACAUUAGAGGAGCAAAUAGCAUACAUGAAUAGUAAGGUGUAUGCGGAUACGUAUAAGGGAAUGCCAGUCUAUCAUUUCUAUAGGCGUAAUUUUAAAGGACAAUCUGUUUUUAUGCCAAAACCACGGAUGUUUUGUAUUGAUAAGGAAGGAAAAUUUAAAGUAAAUCAUGCUUGCCCUAUUUGUCGAGAUGAGUAUUUAUUCUUCGAUUAUCGGAAUCCUGCUUUAAUUCUGCAGUUUCUUUUUGAUCAAACCGAUCGCAUAUUACCUCUUAAAAAGUUGGGUUUAUGUUUUGAUCAAUAUGCGCAGCUUCGAGCACAAUUAUUGAAAGCAAAAGAGCAUGGUUUCAUCAAAUUUGCAGUACCAUUUCAAAAUUUUGACUAUAAGAACUGGUAUCCGUGGUGGGAUAAAGACGACCAUGUAUACGUUCGUCGCGAAGUACCAGUAGAAGAAAUUCAUAAGCAACCUUUGGUGAAUUUUCCGGUCCAUAACCGUGAUUAUAAUAAUGAUUGGGAUCAAUACUGGCUACGGUAUAAUGAAUUUGCACAGCGAUCCAAAUAA